AUGGCGGCGCGGGCGCGGGGCGGCGGUGGCGCGCGGCUCGUCGGCGACGAGGCGAAGGCGGCAACGCGGCGACGACCGGGGCGACGAGGUUUCGCGGAGGCGGCGCGAGCGGGCUUCCUCAGGCCCAGAUCGGUCUGGGCGGGCCUGGUGCGGGCCGGGAGGGCCGCGGGGAGGUGGGAGGAGGCCAAGGCGACGUGGCACAUGGGCAUUGGCUGGAGGCGGCGCUCGGGGACAGGUGGCGCGCUGGGAUUCGCCGUCGCGCGUGGCGGCGGCGGCGGCAAGUGGCGGGCGUGGGCUAGCAGCGCUGAAAGCGAGGAGACAGGGGGAGGUGGCGGCUGCGGGGGGUUAGGGGAGUGUGAUCUUGUGACAGAUUUGGAAGGAGCACCUUCAAGGUCGCGUGAGUCUGAGCCUUCAUCUUCUGGCCAAGGAAACAAGUCAUCAGAUGGUUUGGCACAAGAUUCGACUCUACCCAGCAAACUUCCUUCUGCGCCUGAAUAUGCGAAUUCUUCUCAAAGACCUGGCAGUCCUACACCAUUAACAUCCGAGCGUGUUGCUGCGAACUCAGCUGCGAGUGCUGCUCCAGGCUUAUCACCAAGUUCUUCGACGGGAUCUCUUAGCUCAGACAAAUCAAGUUUGAACCCAAACGCUAAGGAAUUCAAAUUGAACCCUAAUGCUAAGAGUUUCACUCCCUUGACUUCUCCGAGGCCACAUCACCCUCCAGCGCCUGAUGCAACAUACUAUUAUCCUAAUAACAAGGGGGCUACUGGACAUGGUUUGCCUGUUGGCAUGGGGUUCCCACAGGCGUAUGGUGGACAGCCUGUUGUUUACAAUGCUCAGCCUGGAUCUUCUCCCCAGGGUUACAUGCAUCGUUCUGGGCAACAGUAUGGGCAGCAAAUGAUGAUGGGACAGACCCGCCCUGUCUAUUAUUAUGCACCUGAGAUGCAGCAGCAGCAAUACAGAGGAAGGAACUUCUAGGUAGAUUGAUUUUGUUACGCUGCAAUGUGGAACUCUGCAGUGAAAUCCCCAUUGGCGGGGGAUGCUAACCAGGCCGAUGCGCUGCCAUGCGUGAAAAGAACUGGCGAUGGCCUCUGACUUCAACCGUGUGUGUUUUGUCGCCAGGACGAAGAUCACC